AUGCCACUCAAUAUUAUCGUUGUUGGGGCAGGCCUGGGUGGUUUAGGUGCUGCCAUUGCAUUGAACCGUCAAGGGCACAAUGUCACGGUCAUUGAAAAGUCCGGCUUUCUUAAUGAGGUCGGUGCUGCCAUCCACGUGGCCCCGAAUGCGACUCGCAUCUUGAAAGGCUGGGGGUGUAACCUGGACUGGUUACAGCCUGUUCACUGCGAGAAGCUGCAAGUCUGGGAUGCGAACGGGAAGCUCCUAUGGACGCCAAUUAUCACGAAAGAGCAACGGAAGGCUUUGAAUGUGAAUGACGAAUGGGUUUUGACCCAUCGAGUGGACCUACACAAUGCUCUGCGCACUACUGCCGCCCAGGUCAUUGACGGCCGCAAGAUUGAUAUACGACUCUCCCUACGGGUCUUGUCCGUGGAUGCGGAAAAGGGAGAAGUCAUGCUUGAGGAUGGAACCAAGUAUGUCACCGACCUAGUCGUCGGUGCCGAUGGUGUUCACUCCCAUUCCGUCCAUGCCAUCAUGGGAGAAGACAGGGGCAUCGUAAACACUGGCCAAAGCUGCUUCCGAUUCUUGGUCCCCAUCCAAAAGAUGCACAACAACCCACUCACGUCUAGCCUUCUGGAAAGAAUCGGGCUCAACGGCGUUCACGUCUUCUCAACCCAAGACCGCCGCCUCGUAGUGUAUCCCUGCCGCCAGGGGCAGUUGCUCAAUUGUGCCGGGAUCUACCCGCCUAGUUCAGUGGAAGAGACUGGGAUGGAUGCUUCUUGGCAUAAUGCAGGAAGUGUCAGUCAAUUGGUCAACACCUUUCGCGGUUUCGAUGAGGACCUGCUCGAGUUGUGUCGAAUGGCCGAGGAUGUCAAGCUCUGGAGUCUAGCGUCUCGAGACCCGGCGCCUACGUUUGUCAAGGGCAAGCUUGCCUUGAUCGGUGAUGCAGCUCAUCCCAUGCUUCCUCACCAGGGUCAGGGCGCUGCGCAAGCCUUUGAAGAUGCAGCCGCUCUCGCUGGGGUGUUGACAGCGAACACUACUCCAGAACAGUUACCGCAGCGUCUCGAUAUGUACAACAAGCUUCGGUAUUCGCAUUCAGUCACAGUCAUGAUGAUGUCAAGAACCAACGACGAGCGACGGGCGGAAAUGAUGGAUGAGCUCCGCCGUUCACGGCUUGCGAUGCGUGCUAUCAACGGAAGGGCCAGGCCGCGGAAGCGGGGGCGUAAUCCAGUCAGGCGAGUGGGUUUAGUCGAACGCAUCAGGCGUAUGGACGAGCGCAAGGAAGAUGCUGUCGGAAAUCUUCAGACUGGCGUGCCAAAUCUGCUGCCAGAGGGUCUCCAAUGGAUCAAGUCUCGAACUGGGCUUUUACUUCCUUUCCCAACCUCACAACAUGCACCCUGGGAAAAACCACAUCCGUCAACACUAGGAAGAAGGGAGCCUGCACCGAAGCUGCCAACAAAGUCGAUGCUGAAGAGGUUCCUUGACGUGCACAUGCCCUCUCCUUUGCACCGGAUCUUUCCUGUUGUUGACUCGCAGCUCUUUUCUCAGACCAUUGAAGCUGCUUAUUCGCAUUCCAAUUGGCCGCAAACACAGAACCAGAGCGCGCAGGCAUGUAUACUCACCUUUAUGGCUUUGGUUUCGUCCCUGAAUCAUCUCGACCCUAGCUACAAUGAUACCCAACUUCCUUCUAUACCCCGUGAUGCUUACAUUGCACAUGCGAGUGCGGUUCUUCUGGCUAUCAUCCAGGAGCCUCCCAAUCUCGAUGCCCUGCAGACUGCUAUUUCACUGGCACUUAUCAGUAUCCUCGCUGGUGAGGUACAAACAGCUAUUCACUAUACGUCCAUUGCAUCGCGCCUUUUAAUAGCGUGCGGGGCUCACACAGCAUCAGACGACAUGGAUUGCAAUAGCAGUGUAUCAUCAACCGUCAGGAAACAUCUCCGCAAUCUAUUCUGGUUUUGCUACACGCUCGACAAAGAUUUGGCCAUACGUACCGGACAGCCGCACUGCCUCAGGGACGAGGAUUGCAACCUCGAUAUUCCUCCAAUGUACAAGGAGAACCUCCACCUGUGUCUAGACUACUCCCCCACAACCGCCGGUACCAACAUCGGUGGCCCUAUUUUCCCAUGUGACCUCCGUCUCAGCAAAAUCAAGUCACAAACCUUUGCAGCUCUUUACUCCCACAAGGCUCUCCACAAGUCUGACGUCGACCUUCUCCGCUCAAUACGCGAAUUAGACGAAGAGCUCGAGCGUUGGAGAAUAUCUCUACCAGAACAUCUUCGCCCGCAGCUCUCCUUUGCACCUAGACAUUCCAAGCCGAAAAACACAUACAUCGUCCUCACAUACAUGAACUAUUACUGUUGCGUGAACCUCAUUCACCUCGCCGGUGGUCGAUGCAGUGCCUGGCGCUCGACUGCCCCACAGCUGAUGGGAAUGUUAGAUGGCCUCCACUCCAGCCUCUCACUCUCUCUCGAGGCAAGCCGUUCUCUGCUCCUUUUUCUAGACGAUUCCGAGGCCCUCAUAACCAUCUUCUGCAAUCUGCUUCAGAACCUUCAUGCGGACGGUGCAAGACAUGAUUUACACCUUUUGGCCCUGGCCGAAACGACCAUAGCUCGUCUUUUCUUAAGACGCGAUAGUGUUUUUGAUCGAGUCAGUGAUUUGCAGCCUGUAACAGAAUUUAUUUCUGGUUUGAGAGAAUAUGCUCAGAGGGCUAUUGGGGAGCAAUCAUGCAUAUAA